UUCUAGUGUGGAUUUGGCAUUGUUAAGGCAGCUUGAAGGGAUUUGCUGUAAUUUGGACGGUAUGGGCUUAUGCAAACGAAGUUAUGGGUUUUCCCUAGACGGUGUUAGGGAGUUCCUUCCAAGAAUUUACUGACUUUAUACAGCUGCUUAAAAGGCACUGGAUCGCAUGCCUUCGACAAUAUCAAUUAAAUUUAAGUUUUUGUCCGUUAAUUACAUGUUUUCCCCUAUUCUAAUCACAGGGUUGAUUUCAAAAACCGUUAAAGCCUUGUAGCAUGAUGAAAACAACAAUCAGUUAUCAAAUUUCAACAACCGACUCAAGACAUGACGAUCGGCUCCUUCCUGUUACACCGAGUAUUCUACUGGUAUCCCUGGAAUCCCACAAAGCGCUUACAAUCCUUCGAGCGCCAGGUGGCACUGUUGAGAUUCGUAGGGCUCUGGCCACCUCUAGAAGGGUCUCCCCGGGUACGGACUGCUUACCGGAUCUACGGGUGGUGCUUCCGGAUUCUGUUCAUGUACAUUUACACGCUGACGCAGGUGUUGUACUUUGUGGAUGUUCGGGAUUUGAAGGGAGUAGCAAACGCUCUGUUCUUGCUGAUGACUCAGAUUUCCUUGCUUAUCAAGUUGGAGAUUUUCAAUCGUAAAAUUGUUCGCAUCCAGAAGUGCGUACAGGACGUGGAAUGUCCCCUGUACAGUCCCGGAUGUAAACAAGAAGAUAAAGAAGUCAUCAAAGCCAUGAACAACACCUGGCUGAUUGGAACGAUCUUCAUGACCACUUGCUACGGAACCGUAACCUUCUGGACCAUAUCGACUCUGUACGAAUGGAAGCGCCAGUUGAUGCUUCCGGCGUGGUUUCCCUUCGAUUACAGUGAAUCGUUGCUCGUGUUCAUUCCGGUUUGGCUAUACCAAGCGUUUGGAAUCUACAUGAGUGCAACCUACAACGUUGCCACGGACACUUUGGCAACUGGAUUGAUAUCCCACGUCAGUGGACAAACUGCGCGGUUUGGAAUUCUGAUUUCCAAGCUAGGACACAAACCUUCCGGAUUCAUUCCAUACAACGAUUUGCGGAAGCAUUGCUCAAACUGUAUCAUGUGCACCGUGAUAUCUAGCCUCACCAAAGAUAUCAACUACUACAAUGACUCACAUGGACCUUCUUACGGAUAUCUUGUAGAGUUGACCUAUUUUCACAAGGGACUUCUAUGUUACGCCCGCGAAAUCAUCGACAUUUUCAACGUGUCAAUCUUCACCCAAAUCAUCGCGUCAGUUAUCAUAAUAUGCAUGACUGGCUUACGGUUGCUAGCUGGUCACCUCGAUCCGUGGGCGACCACCGGUGAUGUUUUCUAUCUGCUUGCGAUGAUUUGUCAAAUUUGGCAAUUUUGUUACGUGGGGAACGAGGUGUCACACUCGGUUGACAAAAUUAACGAAAUGGCCAUGAUGUGCAAUUAUCCAAAGUUUAACAAACCUACGGCGAGAGCUUUUCUUAUUUUGUUGACGCGAGCUAUGCAGAAAACAGAAAUCAAAGUUGGGGUGGUAUUUAAGUUUACUCUGUCAUUGUCUACUUUUCUCUGGAUAUUAAAAACUUCGUACUCGUAUUUUGCAGUUCUCAACAGUGCUCAAUCAUGAAAUAAAUGAACAAAACCUAUCAUUCU